AGCGCAGAUAUACGACCUUGACGACGAACACGACGCCCUCCAGUCCAGACGGAAUUUCCACCACUUUGAGUGCCUUUCAUUUUGUUGACGAGGAUCCUUGGUCGAGCACAGAAUACGAGAGAGAAGCCGAGUGAGUAUUUUGUUGAUGAUUACUCUGGAUAUUCCUCACAUUUUCUCCAGGCCAGAAGAUCAUAGGAUUAGUAUAUCGAGCGCAGUAUACUCCCAAUCAUACUACGAUCCAUACGACGUUCUUCCUACACCGCGAACAGUACCAAGUUUGCCCUAUCCUCAGUCUGGACAUCCAGAGGUCAUAGAUACCAUGCGCAGAAAUGCACGAAGCAAUUAUUCAGAACUGGAAGACCGGGUUUCUUUCAUGGAAUUAAUUUCGCCCACUACGGAGAGCAAGCCGCCCUUGCCGACAACGCCCAAGCCAGACUUUUCGACUUUACAUUCUGCAGGCAGAUCUAGUCGUAGCCUAGAGCGCCGACUACCUAAUCAGGAACACGGGCGCCGGCCACAUAAAUUUUCGAAUUCUAAUUCCCGCUCAAAUUCCCGUACAAAUUCUUACGACGACGACGUUAAUAUGCAACUACCGCCCACUUCUAAUAAUCUUGACCCUCUUUCCCGUGCCGACCUUGUUCGCAAGUCUAGGAAACUUGCCCAGGUCUUUGGCCAGACUCCAAAUGGAGCGUCGCUUCUGCCGACUACCUCCGGAAUGGCCGAUACUUAUCCAAUGAGGAGGAGCUUCCUUGACAUCACCUCCCCAACCUCUUCUCGUCACCAUAUCUCUAAUUCUGUUGCUACUUUCCGGAAAAACUCUGUCGGUGACACUAAGCAGAAAGUCAAAGAGAACAUGGAUCGAGUCAAAGGGAAAGGAAUUUGGCCUCCACCUGCAUCGACCCAUUAUAUUUCUGCUACUUCAGGCAGAAGACACUCUACUCCACUCACCCCAGAUGAUUUCGACUUUCUCAAUGAACUCCAUCUUCAAGAGCCUAUUUCCAGUAUACAAACCGACCGUGAAGCAUCGUCCAUCUUCGGCAAUGGCGAAGACGGAAACCUGAUUGAAAUUGGGGAUGCACAACAGGUCGAAGGCGAUAGUGCGAGUUUCAUCGAUUGGGAUGACGAAUUACCCGGACCCAAUGGGACAAAAAACAAGCAUCCCGCCGAAUUACAGACCCAAUCUCCUCCCGGUUCUCAGAACAGUUCUCGCCGUUCCUCUGUUUCUUCGCUCGCAUUUGCAUCACCAUCCGCUUAUCCCGGUGGGGCACCGAGAAACUCAUUCACGCGAGAAGAUUACAUCGGGACUGAAUUACCUGCCGCUCCAUUUGACGACACUGAUGAUGAAGGAGGGCAAAAACGUGACCUACAACAACAUCUUGCCCGUCAACCGUCUCUGAUUUCACUUGUCACCCCUUCACUCAUGUCACCAGAAGAACGCGCAGAAGCUGAAAAGCGACGGAAGCGCGAGAAGCUUGCCAAGUUGCAUCGCUUCCUCGGCUCCCGUGUCCCCACUGGGCUCGUUCUAGGUUUAGGACAGGCUGAGGAGGACAGCGAAAGUGGUUUGCCUGGCUUAUCAGUUUCCUCCAUGGGAGAAGAAACAGAUGCUGAAGGAUCUAGUGAAGAGAAGCGCUCAUGGAAGAAAGGUAUGGUCAGAGUUGCUAGGAGAAGGAGUGGAAGCGAAUCGGGAGCUAGUAGUGACUGGAGCGAUAUCAGAGACAGACGAAAGGAUGAUAUGGGUGAGGAUGAGAGGUUAAGGAUGGUGAAGCGGGCAAUAAGGCUCGAGAAGGUAUUCGGAGUUGCGCCACCACAAACACUUUACGCAUAUGGUCCUGGACAUGUUCCGCAUUACCAUUCCCUUUCGAGCCCAGGCGUAAUCACACCUUCAGUUGGUCCGACGAUGAUCCGAUCGUCUUCUACCGGUACUACGGAGGCAAUUUUGACUUUGAACCCCCUCCCACCCAAGAGAGAUCAUACAAGACCUGCGUCUAGGGAGUUCCUAUUACCUAAAGGUGAUAGCACCGACCAGCAAGCCAUUGAAGUUGAGGUGGGAGAUGUGUCGGGCACCCUCCGAGUUUCGAGACCCCGAGGGGCGUCUUUGGCCUACACUCAUUAUGAGCAUUCGUUGAAUAGUUUGGGUGACAUUUUGGAUCGGGAUGACCGCGCAUCGCUCCAGGAGUUGCACGAGAUCCUGUAUCGGGCAGGCGAUGCUGAACAACUCUCAGCAGGGUUUCGUCCAGAGCCUAACCAAGAUUUCGCUGGCAUCGAUGGGAAUCUUCCUAGCAAUGGAUCCGGAUCGGCUCGAUCGGAGCGAAGGCUUUCAUUGCCUGCGUUACCUGCACGGACGUCUAUAGCAUCUCUUAAUUCUCUUGACUCUGUUGGAUCUAUACUAUCCAAGGUUUCUUUCGACGAUGCAGACGUGGAGGCAAGUGAUGGCACCUUCCAGGUUAGAAGGCGGCGAGCUGCGAAGCUCACCCAAUUCUUUGGUGUGGACUACCGGGACCUAGUCCAGGAUGUGUUGGACAGUAUUGAGAAUGGUGUUGAGAUGGAGAAGGGAAGGGGCCUGUCAAGGCAGGAGGCGGAGGACCUCUUGAGAAAAUUAAGGACUAUCAAAGGAAAGCGAACCGGAGUAUUCUCAUAACGUUCGAAUUUCUUCCUUCAAUCUUUUGUGAUAUAUUUUGCGCGGCCGCUCCGCGCACACUUUCUUUUCGAGUCGAAGUUUCGUUGAUCUAGUUGCAUUCAUUUUAUCAUGAUCUUCAUGCUGCAAUCGUAUCUAAUUUCAAAGCAAUUGUUUCUACUGCAUAUCGCUCCUGUAAAAUAUUAUUACUAUAAUCACCUUUCCACU